CAAUAACAAUCCAAGCUUUGAUUUUAUUUUUUAUGAGAAUGAUAUAUCAUAUGUUGAAUAUUUUUUUGUGUAGGAAAUUAUAUGAUUGUUGAAUGAAUCAAUCAAAAAGUAGAUUUCAUAAACAAAAACUAGCAUUAAAUGAUUCAAGACUCUACAGUAUGUGGUUGUGGGGUGACCUUUGCAAUGAGGAGGAUUUGUUUUUAUGGAGAUGGGGAUGAAUUAAAUUGGAUCAGAUAUAAUUAAUUAAAAUAAGAUAAACUUUAUUUAUCCCACAGAGGGGAAUGCAAAUGCACCAAAAUUACACUCAGCUAGGAACUGUUUCAGUAGAAGGGCUGGAGUAAAAAGGUAACUCAACCAUCAGGGGUCACCACAGCGAAUGAUUCGAAAAUAUGAAAUAUGAUUCUAGAGAAAAAACGGCAAGAUUGUAUAAUUAACAUUUUAUUUCACAUAAAUUAUAUCAUAAAUAAAAAAUUUGAAACUUGUGAUUAAAACAAUUAUGAUCUUGUUGGAGAACAAUACCGUCCUUCGUGUAGCAUCUGUUUCAGGAUAGUUUCCGAAAAAAAUAUUAAAACUAAAACACAACCAAACGAAACACCUUUAUUCUUUCUUGUCAGAUUCCAUCGUCUGUGUUCAAUGUCCACCUGAAUUCUGGUCAAAUGACAGAAGAGACGCAUGUAUAAAGAAGGAGGCAGAGUUUCUAUCCUAUGAAGAAAUGAUGGGAGCACUGCUCACUGCAGCAUCUUUAUGUGGAACAUGCAUGACUGCUGUUGUAGCUUUCAUUUUCUUUACAUACAGGAAAACUCCUAUUGUCAGGGCCAACAACUCUGAGCUGAGCUUCCUGCUGCUCUUCUCCCUGACUCUGUGCUUCCUGUGUUCUCUGACCUUCAUGGGUCGACCCUCUGAGUGGUCCUGCAUGCUGAGACACACGGCAUUCGGCAUCACCUUUGUCCUCUGUAUGUCCUGUGUUCUGGGCAAAACUGUGGUGGUGUUAAUGGCCUUCAGAGCUUCACUUCCAGGCAGUAAUGUGAUGAAAUGGUUUGGGCCAACACAGCAGAGACUCAGUGUUCUGGUUUUCACUCUCAUACAGGUUGUGAUUUGUGUCCUGUGGUUAACGAUUUCUCCUCCUUUUCCAUUUAAGAAUUUUAAGAAAAUCAAAGACAGAAUCAUCUUAGAAUGUGCUCUGGGCUCAGCUCUAGGAUUCUGGGCUGUCCUUGGCUACAUAGGUUUUCUGGCUCUGCUCUGUUUCGUUCUUGCUUUUCUGGCUCGGAAACUGCCUGAUAACUUUAAUGAGGCCAAGUUUAUCACCUUUAGCAUGUUGAUAUUCUGUGCAGUGUGGCUCACUUUUAUUCCAGCUUAUGUCAGCUCUCCUGGAAGGUUUAGUGUUGCUGUGGAGAUAUUUGCUAUUCUGGCCUCUAGUUUUGGACUAUUGGACUGUAUUUUUGUUCCUAAAUGCUACAUUAUCUUACUGAAACCAGAGAAGAACACAAAAAAAUAUAUAAUGGGGAGAGAAGCCCAGAAGACGCUGUAAAAACUUACACACAUUUACAAAUAUGCACAUACACACACUGCACAUAUACACAUACAGUACUGUAUAUGUAAAGUCUAUGUGCAGUGAGUGUGUGUGGUUUAUUGCAUAAGUAUACAUAUUGUACUUAUGUUGCACUUCGGCAAUAUCCUACCACUGUAUUUAAUCUGUGAUAUAAAAUGUGGAUUUGGCAUAGUACAAAUGUGUUGUCAAAUGUGUGUCAGAAGACAGAAAUCGGUUCAUGCGAUGGGUCCAGAGCUACUGCUCAGCUAUAUUGUAGAACCUAUUAGUAAUCCUGCGUCUAUGGAGUGAUCAUCAUUUCCCAUUUGUUUAAAAAGCUGAGCUGUCAAAGGACCAUAGUAAAACAGUACAGAUUAGAGGCUUGAAUAUAGAAAUAUUAAGACUUUUAUUAGGUUUCACCUAAAGUACAGAAUUGCGUUUCAGGAUAAAGAACAACAAUAAAAUCAGAUGGAUGAAGAUGGGUAGGAGAAAAUAACGCUGAUUACUGUAGUGUUACUGUUUUUAUGGUUUUGUAUAACUGCUGCAUUUUUGGAUGUAAAAAAAUAAUUACAAAAACACACAAUAAAUUCAAAAAUGCAAUUCAACUUUACUUUCUAAAGUGGAUGAUUGUUUGGACAUUUUAAUGACGCAUUGUCAGGACUCGCCAU